UGUGGGUCUACGGGGUACAACCUAAGAGUGCAACUUACUUUCCCAUUCUUAAACUCCUUCAUUCCAGCAUACAGAGAGUCCUCAGAGAACGGCAGCCAGCUGGACACACCGACUCCAGAUCAGCCCGGAUUCGGCCGCACGGGACACACUGUAGUGGCAGUGUGUUUGGGAAUAAUCUUCGUUUUCGGUUUCCUAAAUAACUUUCUUGUUCUUUUGGUCUUUGCCCGUUUCCAUGUCCUGAGGACUCCUAUAAAUUUGAUACUGCUGAACAUCUGUGUGAGCGACAUGCUUGUUUGUCUCUUUGGCACACCGUUAAGUUUCGCCGCGUCGGUUUACGGCCGGUGGCUGACGGGAGUUCCUGGUUGCAGGUGGUAUGGUUUUGCCAAUGCAAUGUUCGGUAUUGUUUCACUGGUAUCACUCGCUGUACUGUCAUACGAGCGUUACAGCACCAUCCUCUGCUGCACAAAAGUGGAUGUGUCUGACUAUAGGAAGGCCUGGCUCUUCAUCACAGGCUGCUGGCUGUACUCUCUCGCGUGGACAUCGCCGCCACUCUUCGGCUGGAGCAGUUACGGUCCUGAGGGUCCCGGCACCAUCUGUUCAGUCCAGUGGAACCAUCGCUCCCCAGAAACGACUUCUUACGUCAUCUGCCUCUUUGUCUUUUGCCUGCUCCUGCCUCUUCUUCUCAUGGUCUACUGCUACGGGAAGAUCCUCAUUGCUAUUCAUGGGGUUGCUAAGAUCAAUCAGACAGCUGCGCAGAGGAGGGAAACACAUGUGCUGGUGAUGGUGGUUUCCAUGGUGUCCUGUUACCUGCUCUGUUGGAUGCCGUAUGGGGUCAUGGCAUUGCUUGGCACAUUCAGCGUUGGCAUGGUCAGCCCCACAGCCAGCGUUGUGUCGUCCAUACUAGCAAAGAGCAGCACUGUUUUGAAUCCCAUCAUCUACGUUCUGUUCAAUAAUCAGUUCUACAGGUGCUUUAUGGCUUUACUAAGAUGUGGUCCAGAGCCUCCAGCCCAUCUCACCCUUCACACAGAAGAAGGUGGUGCUCCUCAACAGGACUGCAUCCCUAUGGGGUCAUAUGGUGUUACUUCUCCACCUGAUAGCCCAGACAAGUUAAGGAAACCCCACAAUGACCCAAAGGGCUUCACUACAGAGAGUGGGUUGUAUUGCAGCAGCAGCAGCAGCAGCAGCUCGUUCUCCUGCAGCAGCACGGCCCCAGAGACGUGACUGUGGUCUUCAAUAAGCAGCUGUGUAUAAUCAGAAAGAAGAGUUUCCAGAAUGGACAGCAAAAGAGCUCCUGACAUUUACUAUGAAAGGGUGAGUUUUCUUUCUUAUCUACUGCAAGAGACUGAGUUGACUCCGUCCGCAACAGAAUGUACUCCUUGCCAUCUUGAAUUGUGUAUACUUCAACAUAGUGA